AUGGAAUGCGGAUUUGCUGCAGCGUUCGAUCGUCUGGGCUAUGAACUUUUACGGGCUAAUAUGUGGUCUUCAACCGACCUCUACACCUCCCCAGGUGCUUCCAGCCUUUCGAAAACCAACGAUACCAUUCGCAACCUUCACAAGACACAGAACCCUUCAUCCAUUAUCUCCCUGUUUGAUGAUGACUCUGCUUCCACUUCGCUGUGUUGUGUCCGUCCCUGUCGUCCAUUGCUAGAGACGAUAUUGAAGCACUGUGGGGUAACUGAUAGUGACAACUACCCGGGAACGAUUCUCCUCAGCAUUGGCUCGGCGUCAGGUCUCUUGGAGUACCUGUUGCAAUUCGUGGCAGGCUCAAAAUUGCUAAUAUAUGGCAUCGACGUGGCAAAUAUCAACGUUUUCCUCGACUCUGACAGAUUCGUGCUGAUCCGAUCUGAAACUCCGGAAAUAUCUGCGGUUCCUGAUGCCACGAUUCUAUUCGCUUCAUACCUUCGUCGUCCGGCAUUGCUUCCCAUAUAUCUGGAGGUUUGUCCGCACAUAACCAGAGUCAUCCUUGUCGGACCAAUCUCGGAAGAUCCGUUUUCAGAUGAGAGUGUCAUUGCGUCCAUGGCUGGAUGGAGGCAAGUGUACGGUGGUGCAGUAGGCUUGCGUCCGUGGGAGCAGAUGAAGGUCUUUGUGAGGGCAGAAUGAUUUGGGCUGAUGGUAUAAAUCACGCGAAAAACAAGCCCCAAGAAGAUAGUCCAAAGAGCAUGCCCAGCUGUGGGAAAAUAGACGAGGCAACUUUGAAUAAUCUAAUAUCGAACAUCUAUUAUAUCAUACA